UCCAUUAUUAAUAAGAACAAGGUCGUUUCUUUUUUUUUUUUCUCAAUCAGAGACAGAUUUAAAGCAGCAGCCAUAUUAUCAAUAAAAGAAAAAUGUCUAGACAAACCGCCAGAUUCAUCGCCAAUCUGUCAUCAAAACUCAAAUCAUCAUCCCAAUCGCGUUCUUUCGCCACCGCUCCUCCCCCGCCCGCCGUCUUCGUUGACAAAAACACUCGCGUCAUCUGUCAAGGAAUCACCGGCAAAAAUGGUACCUUUCACACCGAACAAGCCAUCGAAUACGGCACCAAGAUGGUUGGUGGAGUUACCCCAAAGAAGGGUGGAACUGAGCAUUUAGGACUCCCUGUUUUUAACUCGGUUGCAGAUGCAAAAGCCGAAACCAAGGCUAACGCAUCUGUUAUAUACGUACCUCCACCGUUUGCUGCAGCCGCAAUCAUGGAGGCUUUGGAAGCUGAGCUCGAUUUAAUCGUUUGCAUUACAGAAGGAAUUCCACAACACGACAUGGUUAAGGUAAAGGCUGCUCUUCUUCAGCAGUCGAAAACUAGGUUAAUUGGUCCCAACUGUCCUGGUAUUAUUAAGCCCGGAGAGUGCAAGAUCGGAAUUAUGCCUGGUUACAUUCACAAACCUGGACGCAUUGGUAUUGUGUCUCGUUCCGGCACACUAACUUAUGAAGCGGUGUACCAAACCACUCAGGUCGGGUUAGGCCAAUCCACCUGCGUAGGCAUUGGUGGGGAUCCUUUUAACGGGACCAACUUUGUUGACUGCGUGAAAAAGUUCAUUGCUGAUCCUCAGACAGAAGGUAUUGUUUUGAUUGGGGAGAUUGGGGGUACUGCAGAAGAAGAUGCUGCUGCCCUCAUAAAGGAAAGUGGGACUGACAAGCCUAUUGUUGGCUUUAUUGCUGGACUUACUGCUCCACCCGGUCGACGUAUGGGUCAUGCUGGAGCCAUAGUAUCAGGCGGAAAGGGUACCGCACAAGAUAAAAUCAGGACUCUCAGGGAAGCUGGCGUCACAGUUGUGGAAUCACCAGCAAAGAUCGGAUCCGCAAUGCUUGAGGUCUUUAAACAGAGGGGUCUCGUGUAAGAAUAAUUCAUGUAUCAUGAACCCGUUUUUAGUUCCCAAUAACGAAGAUAAACAACCAGGCGAGUUUAAGCGAUUACCUCUGAGUAUUUUUAGCUAUCAUUUGUUUUUACGAAAAGCCAAGUGUCAUGGCAUUAUUUUCUCUAGUUUUGCAAAUUGAAAGUUAAGAACGUACAGUUAUUUGAAUUUGAAAACUCGAUUAUGGCUGAUUGAGUUGAAUGAACGGAACUUUUUUGUGCU